UAGAAAACAUCGAAGAAUGCUCUGUCCAUCGUUCUCACCGUAUCUCUCUGUCUUUCCUUACUGUAUCACAAACAAAACUCCCGCCACCAGUAACGCUUACGAAAUUCCGCGCGGAAAAUCGGACAAAGAUCGUCGCACGGCAAACGCAAACGAAAUGGGCACGAACUGCGUAAUCGCUGUGUCAACAAUGGUCACCAAAUACACUAACAACAGUACACCGGUUGCUGGUGCUAGGGCAUCGUCUACGGAUAGCAUCUUCAUCUAGCAAAAUCUCAGCCACUUUGCGCAAGAGAGAAAGAGUCAAUGUUUCGCAUGUACGAAGACCGGUAAACACACGCCCAUUCAUUUGUGUGUGAACCAGGCGCGAUGCAGCAUUCAAACGCGAAGAUAGAAAAAAUAAGAGGGGAGUAUAAGAUUUAUCUGGUGACUGCGGAUAGCUCGCUUAUCAUACUCGCCACACAGUAUCCGCCUGCACAGGAUAUUUGACGGCGUGUGAUCGAGCUGUGCGGGACAGUUUACUGCGCGGUAUCGUCCAGUGACUAUUGACGCGUUUAGUGCAUUCCCGUUAGCGUUACGCGUGACCGUUUGCUUACCUUUUCCGCUGUGAUUCAAAAUGUAGCACCAUGAAGUGGCAGCAGUGCGUCAUUGAUUUCGCUAUCGUCCUGAUAACGAUCCCUUCGCUUGUCGUCGUGGCACUGCUACUGGAAUACAUGAUGAAAAAUAGCGGCUGGACGGUGCAGCUGGAAACGCAGAUCAUCAUGGUCACCCUGGCGAUGGCCUUCUUCUUGAUCUGCGUCAUGAUCUCAGUCUACCUGACGCAUCGGGUCGGCAACUGUCUCUGGGCUGGACCGCAAAGUGACCAGCCAUCGAUAUCCUCGAUCGAACGAGGCCACGGUGGAGACCAUCCGCUCCACACAACACCACCACCGACCUACGAAACGGUUAUGGUUGAACACGAACCACCGGCCUACGAGAAGAUCAGCAAAAUCUUCCCUCCACAAGAACCUCCACCAUCGUACGCCGCCACAAUCGCGCUCGAUCGUGACAGUACGGCGCAUAUUUGAUCUACGUGCCAUAACUAUUGCCAGAUUACCCGUUUACGUUCUGGUUCGUUUUUAUUGUGUAAGUCUGUGCCCGCUCAUUAUCGAACGGAAGUCUGUUUUUUGGGAUGUAGCGAAAUAAAGCAAAACACGUAACUGCUAA